AUGAAUCCAGAGCUCGAUGGACACAACAAUAAUAUCGACUUGAGACAGCUUAGCAUCGAGCCAAGCACGCCACGAACUAGAGGAUUAGAAGCCCGACUUGCCGCAAUAAAAGCUCGUCGAGAAGGUGACGAGCAAAAGGACCCUGCUUUCAAAGUAGAGAAAAACACUCAGGUCGAGCACAGUCGUGCCUCGCAUGAAGCGAAUCCAAGACCGCUUGCAAAGGACCAGCUCGUCAUAGCUGUGAUGGGAGCCACUGGGACUGGCAAAUCCACGUUCAUCAACAGACUCGCUCCAGAGAAAGUGGAAAUUGGUCACAGCCUUACGUCUUGCACAGCGGAGAUUCGAGACUACUCAUGCUAUAUCGAUGGCAAGAUUGUCAUUCUCGUCGAUACUCCUGGGUUUAACGACACUCACAAGAGCGACGUUGACAUCCUGCAUGCUUUGGCCGAAUGGAUGAAAGAUGCUGCAGAGGAAGGGGUGUUCUUCUCGGGCAUCAUUUACCUGUAUUCUCUCACCGACGCAAGAAUGACUUCAGCCGGAAUCACCAAUUUGAGGAUGUUCAGCAAGCUCUGCGGUCAGGAUCAUCUUAACAAGGUAGUGUUGGCGACCACCAAAGCGGAAAUUACCCCUGAUGCGGACGUCGAACUACGCACCUAUGAUCUGAAGAAGCCUGGUGGAUUCUGGGCGCCUUAUAUCGCAGCCGGGUCAAAAGUUUGCAAUCUGGAAAACAGCUUCGCGAGCGCAAAGGCCCUCGUAAAGGAAGUCCUAUCACUCAAUGAGACUUCAUUCAUUCCCCGCAUCCAGCAAGAGAUGAUGGACGGUGUCGAGCCAGGUCGCACUGAAGCAGGACAAGAAAUUAAUGCUCAGAUCGAGAAGCUUAGGAAAGUGCAUAAACAGGAAUUGAUGGAAUUGCGCAGUGCGUCUGAGCGCGCGGAGCUCAGAAAUAAUAUCCGUUUGAAAAGGGAACUAUCCUUGCAGAAGCAGAACCUGGAAGAGAAGAUCCAGAGAACAAAAGACGAGCAGAUCCGCCUCAACGAAACCGAACGCGAACGCUUCGUCAAGCGAAUCGAGCAGAUGGAAGCCCAUCAGGCGCAACUGGAAGCGCAAUUCGCAGCCCGGGCGGAGACGGCAGCGCAGAUUAUGGUUGAAGCGCUGAGAGACGCCCAGCGCUCGGCUGAAGAGCAGAGAGAAGCGCACUCCGAUACUCUAGCUCAGAUGGAAGCCCAGCAUUUAGCUGGGUUGCAAAGAGAUGAGCAAUACGCCGUCCAAGCGCAGAGGGUAGCCCGAGAGUUGGCCGAGUCACAGCGAAGAGCCAAACACUUAGCUUCGCGGCGGUAUAGACCUAGACGCGCAAAGCGGGAGAUGAACUACAUCAGCACCUGGAGGACUCAGUGGAAGUGCAAAGAUUGCAAAAAGGCGAAGACCGGAAAGCGAGGUCGAUGGGACUGUCCAGUUUGCGGACAUCGAUGGGAAAAUGAGGUAUCAUAG